UUACCCGGCGGCGAGGCAGUCGUCUUCCUAGCUGCGUUCUGCACACUUGCACGAUGGAGGUAUCAGCUGUCAUAUACUUCAGUCUGCUGUUGUGUGCUGUCAGCAUAGUACAGGCUGCUCCCAGGAUUGGUACAUUGGCUAAACGGGUGAGAUUGAUGGAGAGGGCGAUUAACGUAUGGAAACGUUCAGCUGUUGAUAGCGAGACUAAAAUGUUGGAGAAAUUUGAAGAGUUGGAGUUGACACUGAAAGAAGAACUGACCAGAACAUACGUUCCUCCCUUGAUAAAGAGUCUCGUCAAACAAGCCAUGACCGACAUCCUGAGAGAAGACUUUAUCGGUAAUAUAAUCAGCACAUUAGUCCUUGAUGAAGUCCACAGCCUCAAAGCAAAAGUGCAAUUCACGAAGACACAACUUAAAGUACAGGCACAACAGCUGCGACAUGUUGAACAGGAGAGAGAAACUUACAGAAAGAGUGUUCGAAAAACACGUCGCAGAUUGACCAAAGAUAUCCGUGAUUUACAGCUGCAGCUGAAUGAGACGGCAGCUGCCCUGCGUGAUGCCAGGACCACGACGUAUCCCUUAACGACAGCAGCCUCCACUGACCCGAGCCCGAGCAACACGGCUUCACUAGCGCCAGUGACGACACAGGACUCUGAUCUACACGCCUCGACUGACCCGAGCCCGAACACCACGGUUCCACCAACGCCAGUGACGACACAAGACCCUGAUCCACACGCCUCCACUGACCCGAGCCCGAGCAACACGGCUUCACUAGCGCCAGUGACGACACAAGACUCUGAUCUACACGCCACGACUGACCCGAGCCCGAACACCACGGUUCCACCAACGCCAGUGACCACACACGACUCUGAUCCACACGCGACUCCAUCACCAGCAGCAGGCCGCCGCCUCUUCUCCGCCAGCAAGGACGGUGACCUGGAGACAGUGAAGCGGAUCCUGGCAGCGGGUCACGUGGACAUCAACACGAGAGGAGGAUACAUCACGACACCGGUGAUGGCGGCAGCAUGGAACAGACACAGCGAUGUGGUGGAGUUCCUGGUGGGUAGAGGGGCUGAUGUGUCGCUGGUGGACAGGAACGGUGACAACGUCCUUCACUGGGCCUGUUAUGGUGGAGACCUGGAGACGGUUAAGCUGAUCGUGUCCAGGAACCUGCUGGACAUCAACAGUAGAGGAUACAACAGCUGGACACCGGUGAUGGAGGCAGCACGGUAUGGACACAGCGAUGUGGUGGAGUUCCUGGUGGGUAGAGGGGCUGAUGUGUCGCUGGUGGACGGGGACGGUGACAACAUCCUUCACUUCGCCUGUAUGGGUGGAGACCUGGAGAAGGUGAAGCUGAUCGUGUCCAGGAACCUGGCGGACGUCAACGCCAGGAACAACGACGGGGAGACAGCGGUUGACUGGGCGAGAUACAAGGGACAUCCGCGAGUGGCGGAGUUCCUGGUGUCACGUGGUGGACACUGAAGUCGGUGUCGGUGUGGACGGUGACGGUGCACAUGUCGUUACUGACACUGACGCGGUGUGUGCCGUCCACGUUGUCGUGUGUCACGAUUCACGUGAUUUCCUUUUACUUUGUGAAUAUAAAUAAAACUUGUUGAAAGUA